AUGGAAAUUAUUUCAUCAAAACGAUUCAUUUUAUUGGCUUUAGCCACUUCAAGCUUGUUAACAUCAAAUAUCUUCUGUACAGAUGAAUUAAUGAUGCCUCAUUUUCACAGCAAAGAAAAUUAUGGCAAAUAUUCUGAGCCUGGAGAAACCCCAAAAGGGGAAAAGGAAAGAAGUAUCAAUUUUCAAGAACUAAAAGACUGGGGGCCAAAAAAUGUCAUUAAGAUGAGUACAGCCAUGGCCAACAAGAUGCCGCACUCAGCAGCCAAUCUACCUUUGAGAUUUGGGAGGACCAUGAGAGAAGAAAGGAGCCCCGGGGCAGCCACCCUGCCUCUGAGAUUUGGUAGAAACAUGGAAGCAAGGGUCUUGAGUCAUGUCCCCAACCUGCCCCAAAGGUUUGGGAGAAUGACGACAAGAGGCAGAAGUAUCCCCAAGACACUGAGUCAUCUGCUGCUGAUGCUGCGAUCCCUACAUGAACCACCUGCUGGUGAGUUGCUCUACUGCAUGACCCGCCAGCACCUAGAGACCCAAGGUCCUGACCAACAGCAACCAAGGAGACGAGCAUUCAAGGAGACAGAUGAUGCAGAAAGGAAACAAGAAAAAUAA